CCGCAUCAAUAUACACACCACACGGUCUUAGUGCAUGAUACCAAUGGAUUACAGCAUACAGACGGCUUCUGCUUCAUUACAAUUUAGAACUGAAGUGUAAAUAACCAGUGGAUGUGAGAUACAUUUUUUUUUUACACAUGAAUUUAGGUCGCGAAGAAAUUAAUGAGAGUCUGGCAGACGACAUGACUGAGAUGAUGAAACAAGAUGCGAGAAAAUAAUGUAGCAGCUUCGGGGUAUAUCGUUUGAAUUUUCUUGGAAGCCCUGGUGAUGAAGAUCCGUUCUGUGUUUCUGCUUGGAUAGACUAAUAUUAGGAAUAUAAAUCCAAACUUCUUUAAUUGCCUUCGUGAGGAGUAGGAAGACAUAGGCUCUGAGCCAUGUCGUUGGAAAUGGAAAACAAUGGCGUCAAGUAUGACAACAAUGAAGACGCUGCGUUGGAUGAUGGAGGAGCCAAGCUGUUUGAGCGUUCUCGAAUCAGAGCGCUUGCAGAUGAGCGUGAAAUGGUGCAGAAGAAAACAUUCACAAAAUGGGUGAACUCACAUUUACAAAGAGUGGGAUGUCGCAUUGUGGAUCUAUAUACGGAUUUAUACGAUGGACGUAUGCUAAUCAAGCUCCUAGAAGUUUUAUCAGGAGACAAACUGCCCAAACCCACGAAAGGCAAGAUGCGCAUUCACUGUUUAGAGAACGUAGACAAGGCCCUGCAAUUCCUGAAAGAGAAGCGAGUACAUUUAGAGAACAUGGGAUCCCAUGACAUCGUAGAUAGCAACCACAGAUUGACCCUCGGUCUCAUCUGGACCAUCAUCCUUAGAUUCCAGAUUCAAGACAUUCAUUUUGAAGAUGACAACACGGAGACACGAUCAGCUAAGGAUGCCCUCCUCCUCUGGUGCCAGAUGAAAACAGCCGGCUAUGCCAACGUGGACAUACGCAACUUCACCACAAGCUGGCGAGAUGGGCUGGCCUUCAAUGCCCUUGUACACAAGCACAGGCCGGACCUCAUCGACUACAACAAACUGACCAAAGUACAACCCGUUCAGAAUCUCAACAAUGUCUUCAAUGUUGCUGAACAGAAGCUGGGGCUCAUGAAGCUCCUAGACCCUGAAGAUAUUGUUGUGGACCAUCCCGACGAGAAGUCCAUCAUCACCUAUGUGGUGACCUACUACCAUUACUUCUCCAAGAUGAAGGCUGAGACCGUGUCCGGUAAGCGUAUCGGCAAGGUCAUCAACGGCGCCAUCGACAACGACAAGCUCAUCACCGAGUACGACAAGGUUACGUCCGAUCUCCUCAAGUGGAUCAGGCAGACCGUCGAGAUCCUGAAUGACCGCGACUUUGCCAACUCGUUGCAAGGCGUUCAGCAGCAACUUCUCUCAUUCAACACCUACAGAACAGUGGAGAAACCUCCCAAAUUCAUUGAAAAGGGCAACCUUGAAGUGAUGUUGUUCACCAUUCAGAGUAAGAUGAGAGCCAACAACCAGAAACCCUUCAUGCCUAAGGAAGGCAAGCUAGUGCAUGAAAUCAACAAGGCAUGGGAGAACUUGGAGAAAUCUGAGCACGGCCGUGAGCUGGCGCUGCGCCAGGAGCUGAUCCGCCAGGAGAAGCUGGAGCAGCUUGCCGCUCGCUUCGACCGCAAGGCAGCCAUGCGUGAGACCUGGCUGAGCGAGAACCAGCGACUUGUAGCUCAGGACAACUUUGGCUUCGACCUGCCCGCCGUGGAGGCUGCUGCCAAGAAGCAUGAGGCCAUCGAGACUGACAUCAAGGCCUACCAGGAGCGAGUGUUUGCCGUGGUGGCCGUUGCCCAAGAACUGGAAGAGGAGAGGUUCCAUGACAUUGAAAGGAUCAAUGCAAGGAAAAACAACAUCCUACGUCUGUGGGAUUACCUGAUAGAGCUGCUGAAGGCCAGACGUGUCAGACUCCAGCUCUCUCUCGAAAUCCAGAGACGAUUCCAGGAGAUGGAGCUACUCCUCGACUCCAUGGAAGAAACAAAGGUGCUGCUGUUAUCGGAGGACUACGGCAAGCACUUGAUGGGGGUAGAGGAUCUUAUACAGAAACACAACAUGCUGGAAUCCGACAUUGUGGUGUACGGUGAGCAAGUUACCAACGUCAACAACCAGGCUGCCAAGUAUAUGGACCCCAAUGGACCAGAUGGUUCAGGGUACCUGCCAGUCGAUCCCGAGAUCGUCGGAAGUCGCAUGAACCACCUAGAAGAGCGCUACCAUGAACUCCAGGAACUGGCCCGUCUCCGCCGUGACAAGCUGGACGAGUCUCUCCGUCUGUGGCAGUUCUUCUGGGAUCUUGCCGAUGACGAGAACUGGAUCAAGGAGAAGCAGCAGAUCGUGUCGUCCACGGACAUUGGACACGAUCUCACCACUGUCAAACUCCUACUCAACAAACACAAGGCUUUGGAGACCGAGAAAUCGGGUCGUCAUGCACAGCUGGAGAGCAACAUCCGGGUGGGCGAGGACCUGAUCGCAGAGGAACACUUUGGAGCACCAAAGAUACAGGACCGCAUCACCAAUGUCCAGAACAUGUGGCAGAGGCUACAGGAGCUGUCUGAUCAGAGGAAAGCCCGUCUCCUCGAGGCUGUUGAUCUCUACCAGUUCUUUGCUGAUGCUGACGAUGUUGACACCUGGAUGCUGGACACCCUCCGUCUCGUUUCCAGCGAGGACGUCGGAAGGGAUGAAGCCAGUGCCGAAUCUCUACUCAAGAAACAUAGGAGUAUUCAUGGCAAGACGGAUGAUGUAACAGAAGAAUUGCAGAACUAUGAGAAAAUCAUUAGUGGUCUGCACAAGCAAGCAGAAGAACUGGGAGAACAGGACCGAGAUUCUCCCGAGGUGCAGACUCGUCUUGGGACCAUCGAUCGACGUUACAAGGAGCUUCUGGAGCUUGCCAAGCUUCGCAAGCAGCGUCUCCUGGAUGCUCUCUCCCUCUACAAACUCUUCAACGAGGCUGAUGCUGUCGAGGCCUGGAUAGAUGAGAAGGAGCACACAUUGAAUGCUCUGAUCCCUGCUGAGGACCUGGAAUCCAACGAGGUCAUCCUAGCACGCUUUGACCGCCUGGAGGGAGAGGUAGAGGUCAACGGAGCCAAGGUGGAAUUGGUCAACCAACUGGCCAGACAGCUGCUAGCCGUAGAGCACCCGAAUUCAACGGAGAUCACUACAAAACAGAACCAGCUCAACUCAAGAUGGGCGGAUCUACGCGCCCUUCUGCAGCAGAAGCGGGAUGCCGUCAUGGCAGUCACAGAGGUACAGACCUACCACAUCGAGUGCCAGGAGACCACCCAAUGGAUCAGGGACAAGGCACGUCUCAUCCAGGCCACCGAAGAGCUUGGCAAUGACCUGGGAGGCAUCAUGGUACUCCAGCGCAGGCUCAAGGGUAUGGAGAGUGACCUGGCUGCUAUCGAGGCUAAGCUUGAAGCCCUUGACAACGAGGCACAGAAGCUUGCCGAGGAGCAUCCUGAGGAGGCAAAACUCAUCAAGGAGAGAUACGAUGAGAUCAUGGUUGUAUGGCUUGAACUCAAGGAACUGCUGAAAUCUCGCGAAGCUGCUCUGGCUGAAGCCGGUGACCUCCAUCAAUUCUUACGCGACCUGGAUGACUUCCAGGCUUGGCUGUCCACGACCAUGACCACAGUGGCUUCAGAAGAGACCCCAGAGUCCCUGGCUGAGGCUGAGAAGUACCUCAACAAACAUGCUGCCAUCAAGGAUGAGAUCGACGGCUAUGAAGACAAGUACGCCAAGAUGAAGGAGAACGGUGAACGCAUCACCGAGGGACAGACAGACACACAGUACAUGUUCCUCAGACAGCGUCUGCAAGCCUUGGAUGAUGGAUGGCUGGAACUGCACCAGAUGUGGGACAAUCGUCAGCUCCUGCUCUCCCAGGCUCUCAACUACCAGAUGUUCCAGCGUGACGCACGCCAGGCUGAUAGCAUCCUUAACCAACAGGAGAACUUCCUCACCAAGGUCGAGCAACCGAACUCUCUUGAAGCCUGUGAUGAAGCCAUCAAGAAGUAUGAACACUUCAUUGACCAGAUGGCUACCAAUGAUGAGAAGAUCAACACCGUCUUGUCCUUUGCCAACAGGCUCUGUGAUGAAGACCACUAUGCUGCAGAUAAGAUCAACAAGAAGGCAGAGAACAUCGAUGAGAGACGAAAGGCCAACCGUCUUGCUGCAGAGGCUAUGCUUGAGAAGCUAAAGGACAACCGUCUCCUGCAGUCCUUCCUGCAGGAGGCUGAGGAGCUUGGUCUCUGGGUGGUGGAGAAGAUGGUCGUAGCUCAGGAAGAGACAUACGAUGGAGCCAGGAGCCUUCACAGCAAAUGGCAGAAACACCAGGCCUUUGAAGCUGAGCUGGUCGCCAACAAGGAACGUCUUGACAAGCUCAAAGAGCAUGGAGAUGAACUGAUCAAGGAAAAGCCAGAGACCAGAGAGGAGGUCGAGGCCAAGAUCGCAGACCUGGAGCAGCAAUGGAACGAGCUUGAGAACACCACCAAGACCAAGGGCAAGACUCUGUUUGAAGCCAACAGCCAACAGCUCUUCACCGAUGCAUGUGACGACAUGGAGCAGAAGAUCGUGGACUUGGAGACUGAGCUGUGCCAUGCUGAUGCAGCUGGUGACCUCGUCUCUGUCAACAACUUGCUCAAGAAACAACAGGUGUACGAACAGUUCCUGGUGAUCAAGCAAGAGGAGGUUGAGAGCUUGCAAUGCCAGGUAUCAUCACUGGAGAAUGUGGAACACAUAGAGAAGGUGACAGCCAAGAAGGAACUGAUGGCCCAGCGCUUCAGCAACCUGUCAGAUCCCCUCAAGAAGAGGCGAGGAGAGCUUGAGGCUCAACAGCAGGGUUACCAAGUCCUCAGGGAUCUAGAUGAUGAGAAGAUCUGGGUCCAGGAGAAGCUGCCCCUGGCCACAUCCCACGAUGUGGGCAACAACCUACAGGCAGUACAGACCCUGCAGAAGAAGACCAACACUCUCAAUGCCGAGGUGGACGGCCAUGUGCCUCAGGUGGAGGAGGUGAUCGAGCGGGGUAAGGCCAUGAUUGAACAGGGCCAUCCUCAGUCAGAGUACAUCAAGGUCAGCAUCACAGAGCUGGAGGAACACGUCAUCAUGCUCAAGUCGGCCAUCUCAGGCAGGAAAGAUAAGCUGGUUGACUCCAAUAAGGCACAACAGUACUACUUCAACGCAGCAGAGGCUGAGGCAUGGAUGAGUGAACAGGAGCUGUACAUGAUGGGUGAAGAGCGUGCUAAGGAUGAAGCCAGCGCUGCUACCAUGGCUAAGAAGCAUGCUAUCCUAGAGAGUGCUGUGGAAGACUAUGCUGAGACUAUCAAUGAGGUCUCACAUGAGGCCAAACAGCUCAUCGAUGAGGCACAUCCACAGAGUGACCAGAUUGCAAUCCGUCAAUCUCAGAUUGACAAGCUGUAUGCCGGUCUGAAGGAUCUUGCUGAAGAGAGGAGAGCUCGCCUUCAGGAGACCACCAGACUCUUUGCCCUCAACCAAGAGGUCGAUGACAUCGAACAAUGGAUUGCUGAGAGGGAAGUCGUUGCUGGGUCUCACGAACUUGGACAGGACCUUGAGCAUGUCACGAUGUUGCAGCAACGGUUUGCAGAGUUUGGCCGCGAUACCCACAACAUCGGCACAGAGAAGGUUGCCCACACCAACCGUACCUGUGACAAACUCAUCAACGAGGGCCAUGCUGAUGCUGCAACCAUCUCAGAAUGGAAAGACCAAAUCAACGAGGCAUGGGCUGAUCUCCUGGAACUCAUUGAUACAAGGACCAGGAUGUUGGCUGCCUCGUAUGAGCUACACAAGUUCUACUCCGAUGCUAAGGAUGUCCUUGCUCAUAUCCAGGAGAAGCAACAGGAGAUGUCUGAGGAGCUAGGCAAGGAUCAGCAGUCAGUAGCCAUCUUACAGAGGAAACAUGUCUCCUUCCAGAGUGAUCUCUCUGCUCUUGGCCAACAGGUCAACGAUGUUCAAGAGGAGGCUGGCCGUCUUCGUGCCGCCUAUGCUGGUGACAAGGCCAGGGAGAUUGACACCCGAGAACAGGAGGUGGUGGAUGCAUGGAACAACCUGAACUCCUCUAUCAAGUUCCGCUGUGUGAGACUAGACCAGACCGAUGAGCUCUUCAGGUUCCUCAACCUUGUCAGGGCGCUCAUGAUGUGGAUGGAGGACAUCCUCCUGCAGAUCAUCAACCAGGACAAGGCCAGGGAUGUAUCUGGUGUUGAGCUUCUGAUGAACGGUCAUCAGAACAUCAAAGCAGAGAUUGACACUAGGGAUGGUAACUUCACAGAAUGCUUUACCAUGGGUAAAGACAUGCUGGCAAGAGAUCACUACGCAUCAAAGGACAUCCAUACCAAGCUAGUGCAGGUCGGUGGCAAGCGUCAGGAGAUGAUCGCUGACUGGGAACACAGAUGGGAAUACCUACAGCUCAUUCUGGAGGUAUACCAGUUUGCCCGUGAUGCCCAUGCUGCUGAAGCCUGGCUGAUGAGCCAAGAACAGUACCUGAGGAGUGAUGAUUAUGGGGACUCUCUGGAUGAAGUAGAGAAGUUGAUCAAGAGGCACGAGGCCUUUGAGAAGGCCCUCUAUUGCCAGGAAGAGAGAUUCACCGCACUUGAGAAACUCACAACAUUCGAGUUGAGAGAGCUACGCAAACGUCAAGACGAGGCCCGCCGUGCUGCUGGUGAGAAUUCUCCACCUAUGAAAGAGUCACCGUCUCUCAAGCACAAGAUCGUUGAUGACUUCAUGUAUGAGGAGAGGGAGAAGGAGCGAAGAGCAAAUGAGGAGGCAGAGCAGGAGCAACAGCAGCAGGAGCAGGCAGAGAUCAGGCAAGCUGCGACCAAGUACGUUGAAGAAGUGCAAGAGAUGGUGAGCCAAGAGGCUCAGAGGGAGGUGCACGCCACGGCGGUAGACGGUGGUGCAGAGGGUCAUACCGACGAUGAACCCAUGAACGGAGAGGAGGAACCUGCACCUGGUACCGUACCAGCAGGAGCCUUCGGUGGGGCCAACGAGGCCGAAGGAUUCCUCAUGAGGAAACACCAGUUCGAGGCGGGAGGCAAGAAGGCUUCCAACAGAUCUUGGAACCAUGUUUAUGGAAUCACCCAUGGCCAAUCCCUGUCAUUCUACAAGGAUGCUAAGAACAAGCUGAAGGAGAUCACAUUCAACAACGAGCAUCCUCUCAAUCUCAGUGGGGCUACUGCUGAAUAUGCAGAAGACUACACCAAGAAGAAGCAUGUCUUCAGGCUUAAGUUGGAAGAUGCGUCUGAGUAUCUAUUCCAAUCUAAGGACAGUGACGAGCUAGGCUACUGGUUAAACCAACUGCACACAGCUAUCUCCGGUACUGGUGAAUCCGCCUCUAAAGAACAGAAGCGAGCCCACACCCUCCCAGCGGACUCCACCUCACCAGGGGGCAAGAAGGCCAAGGGAAAGGGCCUCUUUACCCUCAAGCGGAAGUGAGAGUCCUGAGGUCGGGUCAGAUAAUCAAUCGUGACCCCCCUCCCCUCUCCUACUUUCCUCUUGUAUAGCCCCCCUUGUACAUCAUGACAAUUGUUCAAGUACUAUUACGGUUAUCAUGGAUUGAUAUUGAAUCAGACUGACAAGAAAAGAUAUUGGAUUGGUAGUGCACUUUUUUUUAAUGACUUUUACAGAAAUGUCAAAGACUAUUCGCGCUGCAACGCUUUUGGACUCUCGGUAUGAAAGAAAAACUAGGCUUUCCCGCUUCUUCUUAUUCUACGGUUGCGCUGUCAUGUGGUGAUGUAGUGAUGAUGUUAUAUAUGUAUAAAGUGUAGCGUGAGUUCAUGAUAGACACAACUAAAAUUGGAAGUUUGUUCAUUGGCUUUUUGGCUGUUAGUGUUAAAAUUCUUGUAAACUAGGCAUGUCUUUGAGAAUAUCGGCGCGCUGUGAAUGAACAGCGCUGGAAAAGGUCUAACGUCAAGACGUUUGUUUUUCUUUCUAUGGAAUAUAUUUAAAUAAGAGACGAGGAGGGUUUUUAUCGAAGACGUGCAUGCGGCAUUCCAUAUGUAAAUCAUAUGCAUAGAUUUUCUCCCUGCGAGUCCCCUUGUGUGUAGAAAUGACAAAGGAAAUGUAGAAAGGCAGAAAGGCGAUUCAUUCUUUCAUUGGACAGAACAUGCUAUUAACACCAGUUUUAGUCACUAGGGGUGAUAAAAUUACCCACAUAGAUUAGAUUCAUUGAGCUUCGGGUAGUGGAGAUUUUUAUCUGACAUUUUGUAUGUCGCUAUUUGAAAUGAAGGCGUGUCAAUCUGUAACUUAUGAUAAGUAGUUGAAUCGUAUCUCAAGUCAGUACUGCCUGUUGAUAUAAUUAUUGUUAUUAUUGUCCAGUACCCAAAACGACGUUACCUUGUACCUCGAUGAGGAGUACUUUUGUCUAUCCAGCUAGUAGGCACGCAAAGACCUUAUCUACGUGUUCUGCAUUAUGUUAUUUAAUAGCUGAGACUAACUUGUCUUUUAAUAUCAAAUGUGAUGUAGACAAAAUGUAUACAGAGGUAAAUAUUCAUGUAGAUGAUGUGUAUGUGAGUAUAUUGGUGUUGUAGUGUUAGGCAUCUUAACAUCUUAAAAGAGAACGUGUAUAAAUAAUAAGUCGUUAAUUCUUGCAAUUAUUAUUCAAAUUGCUGUUGUAUCUUGAUAGUUGUAUAUCUAAUGUUAGACAUGGAUCUGAAGCGCUGUACAGUAUGAACUGUAUGUGUAGCAUCGCUGGAAUGAGAAAAAAAAAAGGUAUAAAUCUUAUCGGCUAUUGUUGUGUGUUGUGAUUAAGAAAAAACAUCAUAAAAGUAGCGUAGUCAACUAUCCUGGUCCAUUUUAUGGGCUCUGUGUGGUAAAUUGUCAUAUUUCUUUUCUGCAGAUUGUACAAAGAAAAAUAAGCAGUAGGGGAAAUUAGUUAAACAAACUGAGAUUAACAUCUAACGUUAUGUGUGUCUUUUCUCUCAAACAUAUGAUUAGAGCUUGCAUUAAAAAAAAAGUAUGUAAAUGUUCUUAUAGUGGUGUGACUUAUAUCUACAAAAAAUAUUUGACUUUUUCUAUUGUACUUAGCUAGAUAGCAGGCGGGCAGGUGUUUUGCCUGUUUCACUUGUCCAGUUACAAAUCUAAAAUGGCUACUUAACAUGAACUCAAUGAAAUGGGCUGGCUUAGUUACUCAGUCAACAAUAAAGCUUGAUAAGAUGAAAAUAAGAGGUCACACUUUAAAAAACCUGAAAUAGUUGCCAGUAGUAAAUGUAUAAUAAUGUAUUCUAUCUUGAUGAAAUAUAUAAUUCAUCUACUCUGCCCUACUUAUGCGACUUUUAUGUAUUUACUAUUACAUGUUCAAAAUUUAUGUAAACUUGUGUAUUCAAAUUUAAGAAAAUUGUAAUAUUCUGUAGAAUCAUUUAUUUGCAAUUUUCAUUGUAGUGCGUAUUAUUUGCAAUAGUGCAUUAUGUUUUUUCUAAAAGUUGUAUUCAAAUCUUAUACUUUCUUUUCCUUCGUAAACGGAUCACUUUCUUUAAUCAUAUAAGUAACUAUAAAAGAUUUAAAACGCUUUGCCAGGGAUACGGUUUGGUGUUCAUUUUUUUCUUAUAAGCGCUCAAUAUUUGUAGAUGGAAUACGAUUUUUAUUUCUUUUUGUCUGUAUCAUUUUAAUGAGGAUGAAAUAUUAAUGAGAUUAAUAUCACUGCUAAGCAGUAAAAAUUUACCAAUUAUGGAAAAAACUGCUUCAUAUAGGUGCUCUUAGGUGUACUCUACCAUGUAAUAAAGAGCUUUCCUGUGUUUAGAUCAAAAAGAUUUUUCAAUCCUCAAUUAAGUUACGCAGUUACUUGAAAAUAACCAGCUUUUUCAUAGCAUAUACAUGUAUUCUUCUGUUUUUGUGUGUAUUCUUAGGUGAAGGUAUUCAGUGCCAUUUGAGUGGACAGUAGCUUUAGCUUCCUUCGUGCAUUUAAAAUGCAAUUCCUUUUUUUUUUUGGUUAAUGCUUAAACCUGUUGAAAGAGGAUCUAAUUUCUCUACAUGAACUGAACCAUUUUGUUUUUUCACCUUGCAGUUAAAAGCACACGAGAGACAGUUUCAGAGGUAGUAUUCAGAAAUGUUAUUAGUAACGUUAAGAAAGGUGAACAGAGAUCUUUUGAUAUCUAAACCAAUUGCAGAUUUUUAGUUGUGGUAUUCCAUUUGUGUGUAGUGAAGUGUAGUAUUCAAAUUAUGUAUUCCAUUCUCCAUCGCUGUAAGAAUCACAUCAUCAAUCAAAAUUAACUUAUAAUGUAUUCAGCGGACAGAUUAUUUAAUCCAUGUUUUUAGACAAACUUCUACAAUUAAAGGCCAGCAGUAGAAGUGAUAGGAUUGUGGUAUUCUGGUAUCAUGUACACACAGGACCAUACCCCCUCACUCUAGGUAUCCAAUAUGAAAAAUUCUCUAGCCCUUCAUUUUGUAUGUGUCACGUAUUGCCAAUAAAUCCAAGUGAAAAAUGUA